AGUCCAGUAGUCGGGAAAGGCGGGGAUUGCCCGGGCAUCCCUGCAGGAGAGGUCCCCAGGCACAGGAAAGCAGGGAAACCUCCGCACUCCCUACCCGGGCCGCUCUCUGUUGCCUCCUUGCCGCCGGCCUCCUGGGGUCCAUCCCAGCUUGCUCUGCUCCUAGCGACCCAGAUUCCUGCCCCGCCUCCGCCCCUCCCGCGCCCGCAGCCGGUGCUGCAGCCGCGGCCACCCUGGUCCAGGCUCCGCGCCGGGGACCGACCUCGUCGAUCGCCGCGGUGGAACUUGCAGCUGGAGCCCUUGGGGAACGCGGAGAUGGAGACCCAACUGCCGUACGCCAGGACCUGCUGAGCUUCUGCCGCCGCUGAGUCCAUGAAUUUGCAUGUGCUACUUGGGGAACCCCCAGAACCCUACAUCUAAGCUUACAUUUACUUUGACAAAGGCAAAUUUGGAAGCAAUUACUUGAGAACCAUUUGUAUAACACCUGGAUAAUCAAAACAGGCACAAUGAAGCACUUCCUGAGAAUGCUGAUCCAGGUGUGCCUGUAUUUUUACUGUAAAUUUUUGUGGCGUUGCCUGAAAUUUGUAAUGAGAAAGCUGACUGGAAGAUGUGAACUGCAACGGAUCUGUUACAAUACCAAGCCUGGAGCUUCUAGAACUAUGAAAAUCGAAACAUCACUGAGGGAUUCAAAAAGUAAGCUACUGCAGACUUCAGUGAGUGUUCAUCCUGAUGCUAUUGAAAAAACUAUAGAAGACAUUAUGGAACUGAAAAAAAUUAACGCUGACAUAAAUCCACAGUUGGGAAUCUCUCUUCAAGCUUGCCUUCUGCAAAUUGUUGGGUACAGAAGCCUUACUGCAGAUGUGGAAAAACUGCGCAGAGAACCCUAUGACUCUGAUAAUCCCCAACAUGAAGAAAUGCUUUUGAAGUUAUGGAAAUUCUUGAAGCCCAAUACUCCGCUGGAAUCCCGGAUUUCUAAGCAGUGGUGUGAAAUUGGUUUCCAAGGUGAUGAUCCUAAAACAGAUUUUCGAGGAAUGGGACUUUUGGGACUAUACAAUUUGCAGUAUUUUGCAGAAAGGGAUGCUGCAACAGCUCAGCAGGUCCUAUCUGAUUCUCUUCAUCCAAAAUGCAGCAAAUUCAGCAAAGCAGAAUGGGAGAAGAAAAGGAUGGAUAAAGCAAUUGGGUACUCGUUUGCAAUUGUGGGCAUCAAUAUAACUGAUCUGGCAUAUAAUCUACUGGUGAGUGGAGCUCUAAAAACUCAUUUCUACAACAUCGCUCCAGAAGCUCCAACAUUAUCUCACUUCCAGCAAACAUUCUGCUAUUUGAUGCACGAGUUUCAUAAGUUUUGGAUUGAAGAGGACCCCAUGGACAUAAUGGAAUUUAAUCGUGUGCGGGAGAAAUUCCGCAAGAGGAUCAUAAAACAGCUGCAGAAUCCAGACAUGGCAUUGUGCCCACACUUUGCUGCCUCAGAAGGUUUAAUCAACAUAUAAUCACCCACACUGGUUUUAAUGGAUACCCCAGGACAGUGCCUCAUUAUUGUGUUAGAUCUCUGCUUAGGUCCCAGCUCACACACUGAAUGCACACACUGAUUGUAUGCAUGCCUGUUGGUACAGUGUUUUCAUAUCUUCGUCAUAAUUACCAGAUCCCCAAAUACCACAAUUUCUGCAGUAUUUGUCAUCCAGUGACUGCUCAUAUUGUGGCAUCAUGCAGUGUUACAUCUUGCCUUGACACCUGGUAUGGAGAGAGUUUUCUAUUUUUUCAAAUUGGCUUCCUCUCCCUCAUAAUUUAGUGUUGAAGAAUUGUAUUUCUCUAGCUGUAUUUUAUAUGUAAAAGAUUUAGCUGAAUUUUGUUCUGUGAAAGCCUUUAAAUUUAUUGAUAUGUUUCAUGACUAUAGCUGCUAGCUCUUCAAGCCAGGUUCAUGCUUGGACCUCAUUCCAAUAAAGUAUGACUUGAAAAUAAUACAAACAGACACAUGAUAAGACCAAUCAUUCUUGCAAAUACUGCUGCACUUCAUGAAAAUGUAACGAGGCUAACAAGAAGCAAAUUUAGGUAGGUGCUGUUUUUUUUUGAAGUACCACAGAAUUAUAUUGUAAUUUACCCCCAGUUGUAAUUGUGGCAUAGUCAUCUGGACAUCAAAUUAUUUUAUUCCCAUAAUUUUACUGGCUUGGUUGCCUAAAUAUGUUUAUGAUGCUUGGAGCCUCAGAAAAGAAGUAUGCACACUGCAAAAGCUCCAAAAGCUUUUUCACUGCCUGCCUCUUGCUGAACUCAGAGUUAUACCCUGGCACUGUUCUGAUCCAGGCAUCUUUGCUUGGGGCACUGAGUGCUGUCUGGUUUGUUGUCUAUGUCAAGAGGUAAUAUUAAAAAACAAUUUGCAAGAAAAUAUGUUGCCAGAGAAGAACCUGAGCUAUGUCAUUCUGUAAUAUUUCUUGAAACUAAUGACCUUGUCUUUUAUCAGUGGAAGAAAUAAAUUGCUUGGAAGGAGAACAAA